GGAUGAGUUGCUGGCGGUAACGAAAUAAUGUGUCAAGAACAUCUGUCGAAAGGUGACUUGAAGAUUUUCUCUUUUUGAGGUAAGCUCUUUCUUGUUUUUAGAUGUCACGAGGAGGACGUACUUUGUGGGUAUAAAUAAAGGUAAACUGAAACUAAACCAUCCGGGUUCGAAGAGAAUCUGCAGAGCUCGAACUUUCGGUAUGUACUGCUCCCGCUGGGCUUUUAAAUAUAAUAAAACCUUUUGCUAAACUGUCAGUGAUGGGCUCAUAUGAAAGUCCUAUAUUCACCUUGGAACGUCAAAAAGUACGAGUCGUUAACUAACAAAGUUAUUAGGCAAGUCAAAGUCAGUUAACAGAUGUCUGCACCGAUUUGUCAGUACGAUGCGCGACAAAGUUGAAACUGCAACAAUUCGAUUUGCCAAUGGUAGUUCGUUGUAUGCAUGAACUUAUGGGCAUGUAAUUAAGAUUCAAUAAAUGGGCUUGGGUUGUGAUUAAAUCCCGAGCAUUGCAUUCCUAAUUCGCUAUGUAUGAGGCCACUACGGCUGGUUUAUAUAGACUUAGUAUGUAUAAUUAAUUGCUUCCGUGUUGUUUAUUUAAUAUCUUUAGCUUCUCUCGUGUGUUUAUUUAAUAGUCUGCAGUAUAAACAGGCUGAUUUCACGCAAAAAUUGCAACUGAAAAUUAUUCAGCGCCCUGGUAUAGUUCUCAUGAUGCAAAAUUUAUACCUGCCAACUUUUUCUGAGAUGUAGGCGUGAGAUUUUUAUCCUGGGAGUGCUGGGAUUCUUGAAAACGACACGAUCAUUUCCGAAGAUUCCCGAAGAAGUCCGAAGUCUUCCGAAGACGUCCGAAGUCUGCCGAAGGCGAAGGUAUCGAGAAAACGCUUAUCCACAAAAUCAGAGAUCGCGAGGAAGGUAUUGUCAUAGUAUUCAUUUUACACAUGGUUUUCGUUCCUUACAUGGGUCUGCCGGUCUGAGUUAACAUAUUUUUGGAAAUUGUGUCAAGCAAGACGGCAACAACUCACAUUAAUCAAUCAGGCGUGAGAAAUUGGUCCGCAGGCGUGAGCGGGCGUGAGAUCGAAGUUUUCAACCCGCAGGCGUGAGAGUUGGCAGGUAUACAAAAUUGCAGUUGUUUCAGUAGACUUUGUUUGUGCAGACGAAGGCAUCUUUCGUGAUUAUGCAAAUCAGAAACCUGUUCACCGCUUUAUUAUACCGAUCGUUCUAUCGCUACUUCAUGGAUAUACCUAGAAUUAAUUACCGUAUAUGACGACAAAAGUGCGAUCCGAAUUGCCUAUUUCCAUAAAGGGUCCACUGGGUGUGUUAAUACCAACUGGGUUCUUCCAUUCUUAUUCCCGAUGGUUAUUGUUGACAUCCCUUAUCUCCUGUUUUAAUCUCGAUUCUCACCCAAAAUCCCGAAUGUCUGGGAGGGGGCGAACUACAAAAUCCCGAUAGUCGACGUAAUUAAUGAUUGCUGCGGUCAUUGAUUUAGGCUAGGCCUACUCUCCACGUCCGAAUGAAGAGCUUCACAUUACUAGCAGUGCAAAAGCUAAGGAACGAUUAGGCAAUGUGAACUCUAAAUUUCAGGUCUUUGCAUAUACAAUACCUUCUGGAAUAUCAAAGGAUAGAUACCAGUUUAAGCCACUUUGUUUUCAUUUGGUCAAAGUUAGCUCGUUCUUUAUGUGAUAUAAAUGCAAGCUGUCACAACCAAUGCGUUUUUAGGGAAGGUACGUUUUUAAUGGGGGGAGGGGAACAUGCGAGUGUCUCCCCGCCACUUCGACUGUGUCCUCUCCGGUCGGAUCUCUCAGCGAUUCAGGGAAAAUUGAGUCGGGAUAACAAACAAACUGAGCCCUGGUGGGGUAGACUGCGAACAAGCCUCCCCCACCCCGAGGGCUUGUUCAGAACUCGAUGACAUGGAGUUUAUGGAUGAGUUGCUGGCGGUAACGAAAUAAUGUGUCUAGAACAUCUGUCGAAAGGUGUCUUGAAGAUCUUCUCUUUUUGAGGUAAGCUCUUUCUUGUUUUUAGAUGUCACGAGGAGGACGUACUUUGUGGGUAUAAAUAAAAGGUAAAAUGAAACUAAACCAUCCGGGUUCGAAGAGAAUCUGCAGAGCUCGAACUUUCGGUAUGUACUGCUCCCGCUGGGCUUUUAAAUAUAUUCACCUUGGAACGUCAAAAAGUACGAGUCGUUAACUAACAAAGUUAUUAGGCAAGUCAAAGUCAGUUAACAGAUGUCUGCACCGAUUUGUCAGUACGAUGCACGACAAAGUUGAAACUGCAACAAUUCGAUUUGCCAAUGAUAGUUCGUUGUGUGCAUGAACUUAUGGGCAUGUAAUUAAGAUUCAAUAAAUGGGCUUGGGUUGUGAUUAAAUCCCGAGCAUUGCAUUCCUAAUUCGCUCUGCAUGAGGCCAGUACGGCUGAUUUAUAUAGACUUAGUAUGCAUGAUUAAUUGCUUCUUGUUGUUUAUUUAAUAUCUUUAGCUUCUCUCGUGUGUUUAUUUAAUAGUCUGCAGUAUAAACAGGCUGAUUUCACGCAAAAAUUGCAACUGAAAAUUAUUCAGCGUCCUGAUAUAGUUCUCAUAAUGCAAAUAAUUAGCUUUGAUUGCAGUUGGUCCAGUAGACUUUGUUUGUGCAGACGAAGGCAUCUUUCGUGAUUAUGCAAAUCAGAAACCUGUUCACCGCGGGACUUCCGUCGAAUUUCAUUACUAUCCCUACUUCAUGGAUAUACCUCGAAUUAAUUACCUUAUAUGAUCAUGAUAUACCUGCCAACUCUCACGCCUUAGGCGUGAGUCUCACGCCUGCGGGUUGAAAACUUCGAUCUCACGCCGGCUCACGCCUGCGGGCCAAUUUCUCACGCCUGAUUGAAAAAGGUGAGUUGUUGCCGUCUUGCUUGACACAAUUUCCAAAAAUAUGUUAACUCAGACCCAUGUAAGGAACGAAAACCAUGUGUAAAAUGAAUAAAUGACAAUACCUUCCUCGCCAUAUCUGAUUCUUGAAGUGAAAAGCACUGGCAGCCAGCUCGCCUUCGGAAGACCUCGGACUUCUUCGGAAGACUUCGGACUUCUUCGGGAAUCUUCGGAAAUGAUCGUGUCGUCUUCAAAAAUCCCAGCACUCCCAGGAUAAAAAUCUCACGCUUAUAUCUCAGAAAAAGUUGGCAGGUAUAUCAUGAUGACACAAGUGCGAUCCGAAUUGCCUACUUCCAUAAAGAAGGGUCCAUUGGGUGUGUUAAUACCAAUUGGGUUCUUCCAUUCUUAUUCCCGAUGAUUAUUGUCGACAUGCCUUAUCUCCUGUUGUAAUCUCGAUUCUCACCCAAAAUCCUGAAUGUCUGGGAGGGGGCGAACUACAAAAUCCCGAUAGUCGACGUAAUUAAUAAUUGCUGCGGUCAUUGAUUUAGGCUAGGCCUACUCUCCACGUCCGAAUGAAGAGCUUCACAUUACUAGCAGUGCAAAAGCUAAGGAAAGAUUAGGCAAUGUGAACUCUAAAUUUUAGGUCUUUGCAUAUACAAUACCUUCUGGAAUAUCAAGGGAUAGAUACCACACGCCUUUUUGCAUUCGCAGUGUACGGUGAGGGCUCUUUUCGGUGGAGCGCUUGUAUUUUUGUUGUUUUAUCAGUUUUCCAAGUAUAUUUGUUCCUCACUUGUCUAACCCCACCGAGCGCGGUCCCUUGCAUGCUAAUGAAGGUAUGGUUGCCGUGUUCAUUUUUUUCAUGUCAAAACGAUCUGUCAAAACUAUAAUACGUUGUUUUGGGGGAGUACUGAAUAUAAAUUGUCACGUGUUGUCUAUUUUAUUAGGCAUCACUCUACAAUGUUGACAUAUCGGAAAUCUAAACUGUCCACGUUGUAAGCUGCAACUUGUUUACAGUUCACAUUGAGCCCUUAAUUCUUUAGGGGCUCAACAAGGCUCUUAGAGUGUCACUCAUAAUAAGUCAAGCCUUCAUAUAGUUGUCCAUAUAAAUCGUCUCACUUUAUAUCUUCUUUAGCUGAUUUACUUACUUGGGAUGCUUUCCUUCCCAACUUUACUUUAGAUGUUACUAUUUUCUUACUUUGCUUACUUGAGAUGCUUUGCUCAGUUGAGGUGCUUUACUUACUUGAGAUGAUUUGCUUGCUUGAGGUGCUUUGCUUGCUGAGAUGCUUUGCUUUCUUGAGAUGCUUUGCUUACUUGAGAUGCUUUGCUUACUUGAGAUGCUUUGCUUGCUUGAGGUGCUUUGCUUCCUUGUGAUACUUUGCUUACUUAAGGUGCUUUGCUUGCUUGAGGUGCUUUGCUUGCUUGCUAUACUUUGCUUACUUGAGGUGCUUUGCUUGCUUGCUAUACUUUGCUUUCUUGAGGUGCUUUGCUUGCUUGAGGUGCUUUGCUUGCUGAGAUGCUUUGCUUUCUUGAGAUGCUUUGCUUACUUGAGAUGCCUUAUAUGAUCAUGAUGACAAAAGUGCGAUCCGAAUUGCCUACUUCCAUAAAGAAGGGUCCAUUGGGUGUGUUAAUACCAAUUGUGUUCUUCCAUUCUUAUUCCCGAUGAUUAUUGUCGACAUGCCUUAUCUCCUGUUGUAAUCUCGAUUCUCACCCAAAAUCCUGAAUGUCUGGGAGGGGGCGAACUACAAAAUCCCGAUAGUCGACGUAAUUAAUAAUUACUGCGGUCAUUGAUUUAGGCUAGGCCUACUCUCCACGUCCGAAUGAAGAGCUUCACAUUACUAGCAGUGCAAAAGCUAAGGAAAGAUUAGGCAAUGUGAACUCUAAAUUUUAGGUCUUUGCAUAUACAAUACCUUCUGGAAUAUCAAGGGAUAGAUACCACACGCCUUUUUGCAUUCGCAGUGUACGGUGAGGGCUCUUUUCGGUGGAGCGCUUGUAUUUUUGUUGUUUUAUCAGUUUUCCAAGUAUAUUUGUUCCUCACUUGUCUAACCCCACCGAGCGCGGUCCCUUGCAUGCUAAUGAAGGUAUGGUUGCCGUGUUCAUUUUUUUCAUGUCAAAACGAUCUGUCAAAACUAUAAUACGUUGUUUUGGGGGAGUACUGAAUAUAAAUUGUCACGUGUUGUCUAUUUUAUUAGGCAUCACUCUACAAUGUUGACAUAUCGGAAAUCUAAACUGUCCACGUUGUAAGCUGCAACUUGUUUACAGUUCACAUUGAGCCCUUAAUUCUUUAGGGGCUCAACAAGGCUCUUAGAGUGUCACUCAUAAUAAGUCAAGCCUUCAUAUAGUUGUCCAUAUAAAUCGUCUCACUUUAUAUCUUCUUUAGCUGAUUUACUUACUUGGGAUGCUUUCCUUCCCAACUUUACUUUAGAUGUUACUAUUUUCUUACUUUGCUUACUUGAGAUGCUUUGCUCAGUUGAGGUGCUUUACUUACUUGAGAUGAUUUGCUUGCUUGAGGUGCUUUGCUUGCUGAGAUGCUUUGCUUUCUUGAGAUGCUUUGCUUACUUGAGAUGCUUUGCUUACUUGAGAUGCUUUGCUUGCUUGAGGUGCUUUGCUUCCUUGUGAUACUUUGCUUACUUAAGGUGCUUUGCUUGCUUGAGGUGCUUUGCUUGCUUGCUAUACUUUGCUUACUUGAGGUGCUUUGCUUGCUUGCUAUACUUUGCUUUCUUGAGGUGCUUUGCUUGCUUGAGGUGCUUUGCUUACUUGAGGUGCUUUGCUUUCUUGAGAUGCUUUGCUUACUUGAGGUGCUUUGGUUACUUGAGAUGCUUUGCUUUCUUGAGGUGCUUUGCUUACUUGAGGUGCUUUGCUUUCUUGAGAUGCUUUGCUUACUUGAGGUGCUUUGCUUGCUUGAGGUGCUUUGCUUUCAUGAGGUGCUUUGCUUUCUUGAGCUGCUUUGCUUUCUUGAGAUGCUUUGCUUUCUUGAGGUGCUUUGCUUACUUGAGAUGCUUUGCUUGCUUGAGGUGCUUUGCUUACUUGAGAUGCUUUGCUUGCCUGAGGUGCUUUGCUUACUUGAGAUGCUUUGCUUGCUUGAGGUGCUUUGCUUUCUUGAGGUGCUUUGCUUACUUGAGGUGCUUUGCUUACUUGAGAUGCUUUGCUUGCUUGAGGUGCUUUGCUUACUUCAGGUGCUUUGCUUUCUUGAGAUGCUUUGCUUACUUGAGGUGCUUUGCUUGCUUGAGGUGCUUUGCUUUCAUGAGGUGCUUUGCUUUCUUGAGGUGCUUUGCUUUCUUGAGAUGCUUUGCUUUCUUGAGGUGCUUUGUUUACUUGAGAUGCUUUGGUUACUUGAGAUGCUUUGGUUACUUGAGGUGCUUUGGUUGCUUGAGGUGCUUUGCCUGCUUGACAUGCUUUGCUUACUUGAGGUGCUUUGCUUGCUUGAGAUACUCUGCUUGCUUGAGGUGCUUUGCUUGCUUGAGGUGCUUUGCUUACUUGAGGUGCUUUGGUUACUUGAGGUGCUUUGCUUACUUGAGAUGCUUUGCUUGCUUGAGGUGCUUUGCCUGCUUGACAUGCUUUGCUUACUUGAGAUGCUUUGCUUGCUUGAGGUACUCUGCUUGCUUGAGGUGCUUUGCUUGCUUGAGAUACUCUGCUUGCUUGAGGUGCUUUGCUUGCUUGAGGUGCUUUGCUUACUUGAGGUGCUUUGGUUACUUGAGGUGCUUUGCUUACUUGAGAUGCUUUGCUUGCUUGAGGUGCUUUGCCUGCUUGACAUGCUUUGCUUACUUGAGAUGCUUUGCUUGCUUGAGGUGCUUUGCCUGCUUGACAUGCUUUGCUUACUUGAGAUGCUUUGCUUGCUUGAGGUGCUUUGCCUGCUUGACAUGCUUUGCUUACUUGAGAUGCUUUGCUUGCUUGAGGUACUCUGGUUGCUUCAGGUGCUUUACUUGCUUGAGAUGCUUUGGUUACUUGAGAUGCUUUGCUUACUUGAGGUGCUUUGCUUGCUUGAGGUGCUUUGCUUACUUGAGGUGCUUUGCGUACUUGAGGUGCUUGCUUACUGGAGGUGCUUUGCUUGCUUGAGGUGCUUUGCUUGCUUGAGGUGCUUUGCUUACUUGAGAUGCUUUGCUAGCUUGAGAUGCUUUGCUUACUUGAGGUGCUUUGCUUACUUGAGGUGCUUUGCCUGCUUGACAUGCUUUGGUUACUUGAGAUGCUUUGCUAGCUUGAGAUGCUUUGCUUAUUCGAGGUACUUUGCUUGCUUGAGGUGCUUUGGUUACUUGAGAUGCUUUGCUAGCUUGAGGUGCUUUGGUUACUUGAGAUGCUUUGCUUGCUUGAGGUGCUUUGCUUACUCGAGAUGCUUUGCUUACCGAAAGAUGCUUUACUUGCUUGAAGUGCUUUGCUUACUUGAGGUGCUUUCCUUGCUAAGUAUGCUUUGCUUUCUUGAGGUGCUUUCCUUACUUACCACUCUACGACGCUUGCCUUGAUUGAUUUGCAUGAAAAACUUUUAUCUGCUACUGAUCGUGGUGAAUUAGGGGUUGGUGUCUUUUUGGAUGCCUCGAAACCUUUCGAUACAGUCAAUCAAUCCAUCUUAUUUGAUAAAUUUGAACACUGUGGUAUACCUGGCUUGGCUCUGAAAUAGAUUAAGAGCUAUUUUUCCAACAGACUUCAAUUUGUAGAAUACAAUGGUUAUGUUUCGUCUCGUGCUAAUAUCAUGUGUGGCUUUCCCCAAGGUUCAAUACUAGGGUCUUUGUUUUUUCUGCUCUACAUCAACGAUAUAAUCAACACAUCAACAAUAUUACAAUUGAUAUUAUUUGCAGAUGAUGACAAACGUAUUUGUGUCUUACAAGGACAAAGACUGCUUGACUAAUAUACUGAACGCUGAGCUAAAUAAGUUGUCAAUAUGGUUUAGAGCUAACAUGCUUUCGUUAAACUUGAAAAAAACUAAAUUUAUUGUAUUUAAACAAUGCCAAAAGCGUACAAAUAAAACUAUUCAACUUUUAAUUAAUGGCCAAAAAGUUGAUCGGGUAAAAGAAACAGUUUUCUUGGGAGUAAUCAUGGAUGAAAAUUUAAAAUGGAAACCUGAACUCUCACAUGUCGCCAAUAAAGUUUCUAAAUGCACAGGAAUUAUAUUCGUAAAUCCGGUUUCUAUUUAUCUACGAAAGCUUUACGAACACUAUAUUUUUCUCUAGUCUAUCCAUACUUUUUUUGUUGCAACUUAGUUUAAUUUGGGCCUCUACUUGCAGAACUAACCUUAUUCGUCAUGAGAUUUUACAGAAACGAGUGAUCAGAACUAUAGCUGAAACUACUUUCGAUGCACAUACUGAUCCAAUCUUUCAAAAUCUUGGUAUCUUAAAAUUUCAUGAUAUAUACUUAAUACAACUAGGCUUAUUCAUGUACUCCUAUCAAAACCAUACUCUACCUUUAAAAUUUCAUGGUAAAUUUACCUUACAAAGUCAAAUUCAUUUGUAUUAUACAAGAAACUCGUGUAAAUUUCGUCUGCCUUUCUGUCGUACCCGAACCAAACAAUUUUCCUUAUUUUAUCAUGGACCUAAAUUUUACAACACCUUAAACACCAACAUCAUCAACGCUUCCUCCCCUUUUUCCUUUAAAAGAGCACUUAAGGCAUUUAUUUGUAAUAAUUAUUAGUAUACUAAACAAAAAUCUUGGGAAAAAGCCUUUUAAUAUUCAACGUUUGUAAACUUCCGUAAUAUUGAUUGUAUUUUAAUUUUCCACCUGAUAUUAUUUUGUAUCCCGUCGCCGUAAUUUUUAUACCAUCUUCGAAAAAUUGUAAUUGAGGAGGCCUAAUUAACAUAAGCUUUAUAGUUUCCUUUAGGCCUCCUCGCCAUUUCUUCCUACAUUUUUUUUGGCAUCUUUUUGUAAUUGUAAUCGUGUGGCAAAUAAAUAAAUACAAAUACAAUACAAAUACGUGAGGUGCUUUGCUCACUUGAGAUGCUUUGCUUGUUUGAAGUGCUUUGCUUAAAGAUGCUUAGCUUGCUUGAGGUGCUUUGCUUACGUGAGGUGCUUUGCUUGCUUGAGAUGCUUUGCUUACUUGAGAUGCUUUGCUUGCUUGAGGUGCUUUGCUUGCUUGAGGUGCUUUGCUUACUGGAGGUGCUUUGCUUGCUUGAGGUGCUUUGCUUGCUUGAGAUGCUUUGUUUGCUUGAGGUGCUCUGCUUGCUUGAGCUGCUUGAUAGGUAUUUUUUUUCAAUAUCUUUCAGGUUCUCUAGAUUAAUUAUCAAAAGGUAAUACAGGCCUAUGCGUAUAACCCAACAUGUACAUCAGACUCCAUCUGUGAGCUACGCCCCAGGAAAAUCUCUAUAAAAAUCGUUGUUAUUUAAUAAAUAAUUAAUUGGACUUUGGUUGUGAGAGCCAUUCCUGUAGGGAGUAGGGGGAAGGGGGUGAGAUGGGUGCGCUCGCACUCCUCCCCACACCACCACCACAGGCCCCAGAGGUUCACUUUUUUGUUUACCAAGGAUUAAUUUGAAUCAAAGUGAAUUAAUAAUAUUUUCAAAUUCUUCAUUAAUUGUGUAGUAAAGCAUAAUCACAAAACGUGUUUUUGUUAGCCUUCGUCUAAAGGUAUAGAAAAGGGUCUUUGGUAUGCCGACAAGGCAUUUACUCCUUGUUAAUACGUCACAAAUGUUAUCCUUAAAGAAUAAAGUCUGUUUUAAUUGGAGGAUUCGUUGUGCGGAUUGAGCAAAUGUUUUCUUGCCGAGUUUCUUUUUACUGGGAGCCUUGUGGCUUUUUACUGUUCAGUGGUUGCCUGUGGAUUCUUAUCUUUACUGCUUCAGGCCCAGAGGACGAAAUUUCAAGAAUGCGUAAAUGGAAACUUAACGUAAACACGUAAAACCGUUGCGGAAACAUGACGGCAAUCACAUGUUUCCAUUAGCGGAUACAUUACGUUUAUCCCUGUUUCCGUCGCUGCGUUUUCGGCGGAAUCGUACCACUUUUUUAUACGUUUCCGUCAAAUUUUCGACUAAGGAAACACGUGUUUCCGCAAGCGUAAAUGCGUGGCAUCCUUGCGGAAACACGCGAAAACAUUCCGGAAACAAGUCAAUUUCAUGUUUCCGUCAACGUGAUCGGAUGUAACUAUUGCGGAAACACGAGUUUACGAGUCGGAAACUGGUGUUUUCAAGUUAUUUCCAUCGCUGCUUGUUCCUUUGAUCUACCCUCAUGUUCUUCACUGUUGUUUUUCAGUUAAAAUUGUCAUUAACAGUGUAGAAUUUCUUUCCAGCUUUGAUCAGUUCAACAAUUUUGUCAUGAAAUUGUCCUCCCAUGAGAUCCAGUAGAUUGAUCAUAGAGGUGUGUGACAAGCACACCCCUUGCUUUUCUAAACGUCCAUAUGUCUGAAAUAAUAAUAAUAAAAAAACAAUUUAAAAUGAUAGUCAUCAUCAAAUUAAAGAAAAUCCUAAAAGAACCCCAGGGGAGGUACAUCCAUACACGAGGCUAAUGGGGAUGUGCUGCUGGAUGGGGUCGCAUUUUUACGGCUGGAUUGACUAUAAUGGGCUCGCAUUUUCAAUAGAUUUACUAGAAUGCGGUCGACACAUUUUCUGCUUAUCUGUACAAAGAGUACUAAUGUAUGUGUAACAUUGUAGUCUGUGUUUUUUCAAUGAGUUUAUUAUGACACAGAACCAAAAGAUCACAGUGCCUGUUGCAAAAAUUAAGAAGGUGCAUCUCUAACUGCCAUACACGUCUAUAGCAUAUCAAAUUAUAGAAUUCACAUGCAAUGAGCGGGGAACUUCUCAAAAAUUGUACCAUUUUUACUUCUGUACGUAAUUUAUAGCAAGAAAGAAAGGAAAGAAGAAUAAUUACAAAAACAGCUUGCAGUAAGGGACUGAUCAUUAGGGACCUUAAGAUACUCUGGACGCGGCUGAGGAGGACGUCGACCGGAAGUGAAAUGUUCAAUUCUUGGACCUAAAGUCGCGACGGUGAAAACUAGAAGUUUAAUGGCCGCCUCGUAAAACGGUGAGUUGCUUUUCUUGUUUUCAGUGCAGAAAUUGCUUUUCGUACAGGAUUUUCGAUCCAUUUUACUUAAUGAGACACAUUUAAGUGUUUUUAGUGAGGUGUUCUCUCAAGAUUGCCUCUUAUUUUUUUGCUAUCAAGCCUUUUGGGUUCAGUGUUUUGGCGGCAACUGAGAAUGAAAGUGCUGAGUCUUUCGACACAAAUGUAACACUAUAACUGCUUGUUUUUAAGGGGACAACGUUCUCGCUUUAGGAUAGUAUUUGAAAACUUUAAGAGACAAGAAGUCGAAUGAAAAUUGUUGAAAAACAAAAAAUCUAGGCUUGUAAUAAACUUGAACAUGUCGGAGAAAAUUGAGAUCUUGAACAAGACGCCAUGGUUCAUUUAUUAACUUUUAUAAUUUUAUUUUGUUCACUUUCAGUUCAGCGAUGGAGCGGUACUACAUCGUUUUAAAGCAAGAUCUAGAACAACGGAAAGCGAAAAAGUCUGGCAACAAAUAGCUGAUAAACUGAACUCCGAUCAUACCCUCAAGUUUCCCUCGAAGAAAUUCGUUUUUUUUUAGAAAAACUGGAGUAAUAGCCGGCAGCACAAAUUUUUCUUCCAAUAAAAGGUCGUUAAGGUAUCAAUCAAGCAAGACUUCACGACUUAUGGAAUUAAAACACGAAAGCAUUACUUUAUCCUCUCUCGUCAGGCGAGCACUCAACCCAACCUGCUCAAUCUUAAUUUGUUUUUCCCGCGAAGGUGGCGGCGUCCUCGCUCCAGGCUUUCUCCGUUCUCUUUACCGCCGCGUCCAGGGUAUCUUAAGGUCCCUAUUAUUUAGAGGUAGCCACGGCUGCUACAAAUAGACCUAUUCAGCUAACUCAAUGUUGUACCCAAUUCAAACCCUUUGGGAAUAAAACGUUUUGUUUCAGGAAUUUCCAUAUCAUUUAAAUGUGAAUGCCACAUUAUAAUGCAAAUACAAUACACAAAGAAUCUUAUCUCCGGGAGAUUUGAAUUGGGCACAACAUUGAGUUAGCCGAAUAGGACUAUAGGGAAAGGGUCCAUGAUUUGAGACAAAAGGGGGGAGGCAGACAAAUCUAUCCAUGUAUCUAAGCAACAUCAGAGCCAUGGAGGGAACAAAGGGUGGUUGGUUUGUUGUCACCAUAAUCUUUUACAAACAGAGUUACCAGCACACGAGAACUUGAUUUAAAGCAUUUUAAUUACCUUUGGGUUAUUGAGUCCUGCUUUCUCUAAAGAAAAAGCUUGCACCGGUUGGGGGAUUUUGGUGGGCUGGAUGGUCUGUACAAAUAAAAAUCAAAAGCAAUAAAUUAGCUGCAUAUUUUUGGCAAUCUUUUCAAACUGAUUUAUUUCUGUACCUUUGGGUUCUUAAUGCCUGCCAUCUGUGAAGGAAUUAACAGUUGAAACUAGUUGGAUUUUGGUUGGCUGGUUGGAUGGAGCAGACUGCAAAGUACAUAACCGCAAUUUAGUUUAUGAGUAACUAGAAAUCCUGAGCAGCCCAUCUUAUGCCUAUGUAGCUUAUCUAUAUUAAACGUGAUAUUCCAAUACGAUUCUUACCGUCGGGUUAUUACCCGGUUCUUUAUGACACACAGGCCUUUUAACUAGCUGGCGUUGGAAUUCUGGAAAUUUUCACAUGCGAAUCUGAGGCCACAUUCAUACUCUGAAAUCACAAGACAUUCAAUUUGUAAGGAAUUGAGACCGUGUUAAAGUUAGGCACCAGUAGUAUAAGUUAAAACCGGUAGUAAAUACUCUCAGGCCGAGGUUGACUUACCUGAUUUCCUUGUAGUACAUGUAUGGCAGAAGCAGAACAUCUUGUAUUGCUUAUGCUCACCUCCUGAUCACUCGUUUGCUGGUUCCCGAAAGGUAAACGUUUUCGUGCUGAAGUCACCAUUGAGUGCGGUAUUUUUCUUGGCUUUUCGGUGCUUUGGGAAGUAUUUCCCGUCCGAGACCGUUUCUUGAUGUUUUCUUGUCUACUUGUUAUCAGUUCGCGUUCAAGUUCCUUCUGUGUACUCUGGCAGGUCGAGGCAAAUAUUUCUAAGUUCUUGUUUAGACGUAGAACUUUAUCAUGACAACUUCUGCAACAAAACUUAGAAAGUUCGUCCCUCUCUGGGACUUCAAUUUCACAUACUCUAAGAAUAAUCCUUUUUAACUGUAACGCCUUUCCACUAUCGCUGAAAAAAUUCUUUUCGUGGUCGUCUCACACACAACCGGCACUUACUUUUUAAAAUAUGGUCCGUCAAAGUUUUGGGAUCCUUCCAUGUCUCACGACAGCUGGAGCGGCCAUCCAAAAAACCGCGAAAAUUUGGAACCGUUAAAAGAGCCAAUCAUAGCGUUUGUUUUAUCACGGCACAACUUUUAGCAGGAACCAAUGAAAAAUGGCCUUGUAUCCACCUUUACCAGAUCUCACUUUUCAGUGUAAAACAGAGUGAGAUCUGGGUACGAGAUUAACACAGAACUUGAAAAUCUACCUUCGUCACACUUGACUAAACACAGCAGUCCAGCUCGUGGGAAAAAAACUUAGUUCGUCAAAAGAACUCGCUUGGAACUUGUAUACCGUUUGACAUAAGGUUCUAGAAAAUACUAAACAGGCGAAUAGUAGUAGCUUUUCGACAUAUUUUAUGAUUUCAGUAACUGAUGCAAAUCCGCUCACUCAUACUGAAAUGUAAACAUGCCGCUAAUUAAUUAUUCAUGAAUAAUCCAAAAACGUAGAGAACGUUCGGGAAAGUCACGGAACGCAUGAAAGCAAUUUUACUACGUAACACUCAACAAAGACAGAAUGUCUUUGUGCAGCAUUUUGUAACUUUAAAUUCAUCAUAAAACAGUUCGAAAGGAGGGCUCACUCGUGAAAUGUUUUGCAACACUCGAAGAGAAAUUUCGUGUCUCUGCGUGGCCACGUAAUAUCCUCUAUUUAUUCCUCGAGUAAAUUAAAGACUAAACUCGAAGUGAUCUCAAGAUAUCACAAAGAAGUCCGGUUUCAUUUCGUGAAAUAGCCAAAACAAGCCGAAACGUUGCGAACUUGCACGCUCAAUCUUGUCCAGAAACUAGUGCAUAAUUUCAUAACUAUUUUUCAUAUCCCGAACUACCUUGGGUCGCAGUAGCGCAAUCGGCUAAUCCCUCAACUUAGAGUCUCCUCUGACCUGAUGGGUCACACCGGUGAGUCGAUUCAAACACCCCGGGGAAGCCAAACUAAUAAUUCUUUCUUCCUCGAAAGAGUUAAAGAAUAAAUCAAAGAAAUCGAAGUGAUCUCGAGAUAUCUCUAACUAAUUCGGCUCUCACUUCGUCAAAUAGCCGAAUAAAACCGAAAACCUACAGACUUUGCAUGCCCAAUCUUGUCGAAAAAUGGUAACUUUGAUACAUUCCUGAGCGUCGCGAUUCCUUUACUUCGCGCUCCGCCGAAGUAAUAAAUGUAUACCCUUCAUAUUUUUUAGCCAUAACAGAACAAGUAGUGCACGCUAUCUCAAACUUCUAGAUACACUUAACAUAGAUAUAAGCAUUUUUGAACUCGAAAUCUCUUUGCUAGCUCCCAAAAUCUCAAAAAAUGAAGCCAAUAUCCCUGAGGUGUUUCAAAACUACCUCGUAAAGGUGUCUGAUUUUCACUCACACAAUACCAGAUAUGCCUAAAAUCUAAACUUUCAUGUACCAUGUGUAAGGUCAAAUUACGGGAAACACACAUUUAAGUUUAAUUGCCAUAACCAAAACUUGGGAAGAGAUUCCUACUAAGAUAAAAACACUUAGCUACCAUAAGUUCAAAAAAGAAUACAAGCGAAUUCUAGUUAACUCUCAAAGAUAACCAUGUUCACAUAAAAUGACUGCUGACAUAAUCGUCCAUAGUUGCCAUGGCACCAAGAGCACAUUUAUUAUGUAUUUCCAAUCAUAAUAUAGCGGUGGUUAGCUCGAAAGCUAAGCUCCUCUGACGACCGUACACUUCUAUCUAAGCCAUUAAUUUUCUUUUUUCCUUCUUCCUCUCCUUUAUUAGUGUAUUCCUACCUUACUAUAUAUAAUGUAAAUAUUUUAUUAAAGUGUGAAUAAGAAUUAAAUUGAAUUGAAUUCAGUUCCGUGUGACUCGGUCUGCUUUGAAACAUAGGCAUACGGGCCGGAGGGGGCAGCAAGGGGGCUGCAGCCCCCCCCUCCAAAGUUUGAGCAACUCAGAGUUUUUGGGCAGUAAGAGAAAAUUUUGGCAAAGCCAGUUUUUAAAGACGUUUCCAUGUUUUUUGUUAUUAUUAUUUUGAAGAGAUAAAUAUUUCCUAUUU